AUGCUUCUCAGGAACGGCCGGAGAAGCAUCUCUCUCCACCACGCAGCCAUCUUUCGACCCCUUCGACCGACUCCUCGAUUCCCUUUAACCACGAUCAACGCAAGCGACAGAAGCAGCCGUUGCUUUGGCACACAGCAAAAUGCGCGCCCCACGACAAGGAGGAACAGCUUGAGCGCUGGACGGAAUCUUGCCACCGCUGUCGAGGAACACCAACCAAUCGACGACUCCAAGUAUGGCAGGCUCAACAGUUCCAUCUUGCCUGUCUACCGGAAGGCCUCGGCUGGCCGGCAAGUUCAUGAGCUGCGCGCGUUCGAUCCUUCUUCGCCCCUUGUCAUUGAAGAGUCGAGACAGAGUGCAACUCGCUCAAAAAUGAACACAAGCGGCAUAUCUGGCGACGCCGAGGAGAUGCUCCCCUUAUUCCACGCUUGCAUUCGUGUUGGAAAAGUCGACCGCGCUGCAAUGGUCCUCAAGCGCAUGAGUACCUACGAUGUCUUUCCCGGAGAAGAACUCAUCUUCCUGCACAACCGAUACCUCCGCGCCUCUCUCGAUCAGAUGCGACUGCGUCCCGACGUAAAACAAGCAGAGGGUCUACACAAAUGGUACGAACUGCACAUCCGUGUCAAGGGCUUGCCUCAGACCGCCGAAACUGUCGCCUGCAUGUUGAAGGCCUCGCUGCUAUCAGAACGCGAUCCCGACAGACGCCGUCGCUUGGUUACUCGAUACAUGGGCUUGGCACCUGGAGAGGCCGGUCUCCAGGUUUUGUCAAUGGCAGAGAUUCUCAGCGACCAGGACCUUGCUGUCAUCACCGACAUUUGCCCGACCUACAACCUCGCUCCCGAAGAAAUUGAGGCAUCUGCCGCCGAAGUCGAGACCCAAGCCGAGCCUGCCUCUGAAGAAGCAUCCGACAAGAUCCCCUCCGCUCGAGUGCAGUCUAUGCCAGAGGUUUUGGCCACGCCCCAAAAGGGUUUUGGACUGAAGACUCUGAAGCAUACCUUGAGUUUGUUCGACGAGAUUCCCCAGAACUGCGACAUCUCGACAUUACCCAUCCGUGAGCAGAGAGAAAUUCAGGCCCGCCUUGAGCGUGACUGUAUCGAUGCUGCUGUUGAGCGGUGGCGCGAGGAGAACGAAUCCUUACAAAAGAUGGGUCUUAACACUUCCGUCUCACAUGCAUCCCUGAACUCCCGCCUAUACGACUGGCAACUUGCGUUGGAGGCUCGACUCAAGGAGGAGAUGGUCAAAAUCGAGGCCGCCGAGGCCGCGGUGAAAAAGACUCCUGAAGAUUACGACCGGUGCAUGUACGGGCCUUUUCUGCGGCUCUCGACGCCGAGCCGUCUCUCUGCCGUUACCAUUCUGGGCACUUUGAGUUCAACGGCCAUCACUGGCGUCGACCGAGGCAUGCCUAUCUCUGCAGCCAUCGCCAGCCUCGCCAAGCUGGCCGAGGAGGAUAUCAAAGCCCAACUUGCGAGUCAAAAAGCAACAUCAAAGCCAAAGGGCAGACGAGUCGUUAUGUCGAAAUCGUCCAAGGGCGCCCACAAGGCUUCACCUGAAGAAACCAGCCAGCUGCUGAGUGAUGCUCAGGCGAAGGAGUCUGCCCUCGCCGAUACUCCCUGGCCUGUCGCUGUUAGGGCAAAGGUUGGCGCAGCGCUGCUCUCGGCUCUCAUCGAAACGGCUAAGAUCAAGGUGGUGAAGGAGCAUCCUGAGACCAAGACCCUGAUCAGCCAGUAUCAACCUGCCUUCUCCCAUGUUAGCCAGCUGAAGAAGGGCAAGAGGAUUGGCAUGAUGCUGUUGAACAAGGAGCUGAUUAGCAUUAUGAAGCGAGAGCCCCAGGGAGACUACCUUGCCAAGCACCUGCCAAUGGUUGUCGAGCCUGAACCGUGGCAGGCGUUUGACAAGGGCGGGUUUUUGGAAAGCAGAGCGAACCUUGUCCGCAUCAAACAGGGUGACAAGGACCAGAAGCUGUACAGUGAGGCAGCCAUCGCUCGCGGAGACAUGGACCAAGUCUUCAAGGGUCUGGACGUCUUGGGCAAGACCGCAUGGCGCGUCAACACACCUGUUCUUAACGUCAUGCUCGCGGCCUGGAACACCGGUGAGGAGCUCGCGAAUCUGCCCGCGUUGAAUCCUGAUAUCCCUGUACCCCCCGAACCCGAAGCGUCCGAUGACCCGCUGGCGCAUAGACUCUGGAUCAGGGCUGUCAAGGCCGCCGAAAACGAACGAGGCGGCUUGCACUCCGUCCGCUGCUUUAUGAACUUCCAGCUGGAAAUCGCGCGAGCCUUCAGGAACCAAACCUUCUACUUCCCUCACAACAUCGAUUUCCGAGGCCGCGCCUACCCUCUGCCGACCUAUCUUAACCACAUGGGUGCUGAUCACGUCCGUGGCAUCCUCCGCUUUGCCAAGGGCAAAGAGCUGGGUGAGGAGGGCCUUAAAUGGCUCAAGGUCCACUUGGCCAACGUCUUCGGGUUCGACAAGGCCAGUCUCAAGGACAGAGAGUCAUUUGCCAUGGACAACCUGGUCAACAUCUUCGACUCGGCAAACAAGCCGCUCGAUGGAAACCGAUGGUGGCUGAAGGCCGAAGACCCGUGGCAAUGUCUCGCAACCUGUUUUGAACUCAAGGCCGCUCUGGAAUCUCCGGAGCCCACAAAGUUCGUCUCCCAUCUCCCGGUUCACCAGGACGGCACUUGCAACGGUCUCCAGCAUUACGCCGCUCUUGGUGGUGACUCGUGGGGCGCUCGACAGGUCAACCUCGAGCCCGGCGACAAGCCCGCCGACGUCUACUCUGCUGUCGCCAACAUCGUCAAGGACCAUAUUGCCAAGGACGCCGAGGCUGGCAACCCGUUCGCGCUGGCCAUGAACGGCAAGAUCACGAGAAAGGUUGUCAAGCAGACCGUCAUGACCAACGUCUAUGGUGUCACCUUUGCCGGCGCGAAGAAGCAGGUUUGCAAGCAGCUUGAUGCGCUGUACCCCAACCUGCCCAAGGAGUCUGGUUUCGACAACAUUGUCAUCGCCUCCUACGUUGCCACGCUGGUGUUCAAGGCCCUGUCGUCCAUGUUCCGUGGUGCCCACGAUAUCCAGUACUGGCUCGGUGAGAUUGGUGGACGUGUCUGCAGGGCGCUCUCUGCUGAGCAACUGGAGCGGAUCAACAACGACAAUCUCUUGCCCUCGCCGUCAAAGACCGUCAAGGCUGGUGACAAAAAGACGACUACCGACGAUCUCCUGGCCCAGUUCCGCGCGACCAUUGUGUGGACUACUCCCCUCCGCAUGCCCAUCGCCCAACCGUACCGCAAGAGUGGCACUCGCAUCAUCAAGACGUCCCUCCAGGACCUGUCCCUAACUGUCCCCGAACGCUCCGAUCCCGUUCACCGCAAGAAGCAGCUCCAGGCUUUCCCUCCCAACUUCAUCCACUCGCUCGACGCGACGCACAUGCUGCUGUCUGCCCUGGAGUGCCACGAGCUUGGCCUCGACUUCGCCGCCGUCCACGACUCUUUCUGGACCCACGCUUCUGACGUCAACACAAUGAACCGUGUCCUUCGCGACGCCUUUGUCAGAAUCCACGAGGAAGACGUUGUUGGCCGUCUCGCUGCUGAGUUCGAGGCCCGGUACCGCGGCUCCAUCUACCUUGCCAAGGUUAACCAGGGAACCCCCGUGGAGAAGAAGAUCACCGCAUUCCGCAAGAAGUCCAAGAUGUCUUCUCGUGAGGAGCUUCUUAUGGAGUACAAGAGACAGACCCUUCUCCGCUCCUCCGACCCCGAGCAGGUCGCCGAGGGUAAGGAGAUGGUCACGCCCGCUAGCAUCUUUGAGGAGAUGUCGGCUACCGAGUCACUUGCCGAGCCAGAGGACAUGGACGGUCUUGGACUCGGCAACAUUCCCGACAAGGCCGACGAGGCGGAUGACAUCAAGGCCGAGUCCGAGGAGGGCAUCGACGACGAGAUCGCUGCGGAGGUCCCCGAGGCCGAGACCCCCGAGGGCGAGUCGCCGGGCUCUCAGUGGGCAUCGCAGAUGCUGGAGAACAUGAAGAUCUCGUACUUUGAGCAGACGGUCGUCAGCAAGCCCAAGGCGGUGGACCCCAAGAGCAAGGUGAACACCAUCCAGGUCUGGCUCCCCCUGACCUUCCCGCCCAUCCCCGAGAAGGGCGACUUUGAUGUCCAGAGACUCAAGGAGAGCGAGUACUUCUUCUCGUGA